ACACCACCCAGCAUCAUCCCGCGUUGCAAUCCUGCCACUUGAUUCAGACGAGCACACUUCGGUUUCUGCGAGGCUGGGAUUCUUGUGAGCGAGCGAGCGAGCGAGCAAGCAAUGGAGUAUUCCCGCUCCAGGAAGCCUCUCCUCGAGCUCAUCGUGGUCUCCUGCCUUCUCCUUCCUUUGGUCUCCUCGGUGCCCAUGUCAAGAAGUCAGCACUUGAGGAACCAGCAGCACCCGCCGUCUCUGAAGCUCACAUCUCAGGAGGCGAUGAUGGCGGCGGCGCGUAACCUCGGCGGCAGGGCGGCACCGAGGAUGGAGGUGGAGGUGCACGACUACCCCGGGUCCGGCCCCAACAACCGCCAUGACCCGCCAAAGGGUCCAGGGAGAGCAUGAACGAAGCUGGAAUUUGUAGUAGUUCACCUUUACUAUACUAGUGGUCCUGUAUUGUAUUCUAGAUAAGGAAGAAGAAGAAAAAAAAAACUAGUGCUCAUGUACUGUAUGUCUAAUUACAGAAGUGGAGUGUGUGUCAAAAAUCAGAGUAGAACAGCUAGCGAGCUAAAGCUGCUGACCGAAAAAGAAGAAGAAACGUUGAAGGAAUUAUCAAUGGAGCUUCUUCCCCGUCU